UCCUUUCCACCGUAUAAAUCCGCAGCUAGGGUUUCACCGUCUCUGGCUCACCUCUCGCUCUCUCUCGCUCUCUCGCACUUGUCUGCACCUAUUUCCCUCCUCAAUUGACCCGAUUCGGGUUCCUUAGCUCGCAAGUUCUCGAACCCUAGCAAAGUGAUCGCUUUUUAGCUCAAUUUGGGUUUCGUUCCGCGGUUUCUGAGCUAUCGAGGCUUUUUCGAUCGCCCGAAAUUCGAAGCGAUGCCUCCUCGAACGGUGAAGCGGGGCGGAGCGGCGUCGGGGCACAAGCGGACGCCGAGAUCCUCCAAGAAGGCGCAAAGCCAGCAGGAUGCUCCGGUGGAGGAGCCGGUGAAGGUUGAGGAAGUGAAGGAGGAGGUCGUCGUCGUGGAAGAGGACAGUUCGGUCCUCGAGAAGAAGCCCGAGGUCGAGGAGAAGCCGCUCGUUGCGGAGCCGGUUGUCGAGGAAAGGGGCGAGCCAGAGGUUGCUCGGGCGAACGGUUCAGUUCCGCUGAUGAAAGAAGAUGAGGUGAAGGAGUCGGUUGAUGAGUAUGGGAAAGACGAACGGCUGGAUCUGGAGGAUAAUGAUCCGGAAUAUGAGCCAGAAGAAUAUGAUGAUAAAGAGAUGGAACAGGAUGAUGUUCAUGAUAUGACAGUUGAAGGGGAGGAAGAACAUGAGGAGGAGCAUCUUAUCGAAGAGGAAGAAGGAGAUAUGAUGGAGGAGGAACUGGAGGAUGUUCAUGAAGAACUUGAGGGUGAAGAAGAUGAAGAUCAUCAGGAUGAGGAGUCAGAACAUCCGGAGACACUUGAUGCUGAAGAGGAUGAUCACCAUGAUGUUUUCAAAGAGAGGCGCAAACGCAAAGAGUUUGAAGUAUUUGUCGGAGGACUAGACAAGGAUGUGACUGAGGAUGAUCUGAUGAAAGUCUUCAGUGCAGUUGGUGAGGUAACAGAAGUGAGGCUGAUGAUGAACCCUCAGACGAGGAGGAACAAGGGAUUUGCUUUCCUACGCUUUGCGACUAUUGAACAAGCAAGACGAGCUGUCACGGAUCUUAGAAAUCCAGUGAUUAAAGGAAAACAAUGUGGGGUUACUCCAAGUCAAGACAGUGAUACCCUAUUUCUUGGUAACAUAUGUAAAACCUGGACAAAGGAAGCUUUGAAAGAGAAGUUGAAACAUUAUGGUGUGGAGAACGUUGAGGAUGUGACAUUAGUUGACGAUGGUAACAAUGAAGGGAUGAACCGAGGCUUUGCCUUUCUGGAGUUUUCAUCUCGUUCUGAAGCCAUGGAUGCGUUUAAAAGACUUCAGAAAAGAGAUGUUCUAUUUGGAGUUGAUAGGCCUGCCAAGGUCUCUUUUGCUGAUUCAUUUAUUGAUCCUGGGGAUGAAAUAAUGGCACAGGUUAAGACUGUAUUUGUGGAUGGUCUGCCAGCUUCAUGGGAUGAGGAUCGUGUGCGGGAGCUGUUGAAGAAGUAUGGUGAUGUUGAAAAGGUUGAGCUUGCUAGGAAUAUGCCAUCUGCUAAGAGACGGGACUUUGGUUUUGUUACCUUUGACACCCAUGACGCGGCAGUGACAUGUGCUAAAAGCAUCAAUAAUUCUGAGUUGGGUGAAGGUGAUAGUAAGGCCAAAGUUAGGGCCAGAUUGUCAAGACCUCUUCAGAGAGGCAAAGGAAAAUAUUCAAGUCGUGGGGAUAUGCGUUCUGCACGUGUGGCUGGUCGAUCUUCCCGAGGAUCAUGGAGUCGUCCAGCUGUACGCAGCUUCCCUGCACGUGGCAUAAGGGGCACUGUAGGUCGGAUUCCGUCAGCCAGCUUGAAGAGGCCUGUUGCUAUGAGAGAGAGACGUCCUGUGAUGGCCGUGCCACCAAGAGCCAGGCCAUUGCCUCCUCCAACUAGGUCUUAUGAUAGGAGGCCACCUGUUCCUUCAUAUUCAAGAAAUAGCUUGAAGAGGGAAUACAGUCGAAGAGAGGAGCUUCCCCCUCCAAGGAGCAGAGUACCUGCAGAUUAUGGUUCCAGAAUUAUGCCCGAGAGACGUGUGGCAUACAGAGAUGAUUAUCCUGUACGUGAAUCUGGUUACACUGACCUGCAUAGAAGUACAUCCCGCCCUGCUGCAAGGAGGGAUUAUCCUGACGAGAGCUACGGACAAAGGUUUGAAAGACAUCCAAGCUAUCGGGAAGCACGUGCACGUGAUUAUGAAUCUAUUUCAGGGUCAAAACGCCCAUAUUCUGCAGUGGAUGAUGUGCCUCCGCGUUAUGCUGAUCCGGGUGUCCGCCAAUCCAGGGCAAGGCUGGACUAUGAACUUGGUGGCAUUAGUAGCCACUACGGCGAUACCUACAGUGACAGACAUGGGAGAUCUAGUAUGGGUUAUGGUGGCAGUAGGAGUUCUAUGUCCAGUAUGUCCAGUCAAGAUUCACAUGGAUACUAUGGGAGUCGUCAUCAAAGUAUGGGUUAUGGAGGUUCUUAUGGUAGCAGCGAUGCUGGAGGAAUGUACUCAUCAAGCUAUAGCGAGUAUAUGUCUCGAGGAAAUAAUGUUGGUGGCAGCUCUUACUCUUCAAUGUACUCAAGCCGCAGUGGAGGAGGCAACAAUUACAUGGGUCCCGGUAGUUCUGGUUCAUACUACUGAGAGGUUUACUAGUGAAUUUUCAAGAGUGAGGUUACUAGUGAAUUUAUCUAUGGAACAGAUUUGACCUUUCAAAGAGGCUGGUCUUGUGUGGAUCUUUGGAAGCUAGCAUAAUGAUGCCUAUAAAUGUGGAAGAGAAUUCAGGCCUCGUCAUUAUUGGGAUUCUAGCUUGAUGUUCGUGCUUCAGUAUUUCAAACAGGCUGUGGUGAUCAUCCCUAGAGGCCAAUGCCAUGCUUAUUCUACAGUGGAGACAAUUUGAGUUAUUUAGGACAUCAAGAUCGUUUCUUAUUUGUAUUAUUACAUCUUUCAUGUUCUGAAAGUGUUCCCUUUGGAGGAGACUGUUGGGGGAUGUUGUGCAUCAGCUUUUCUAUUGGACGGAGCAAAGGAGUUCUACUGCUUUUUAAAGGUUCAGAAUGUGAUGGUUAUCUUUGGUGAUGCCUGAAGAAAAUUAAUGAGCAUAAUUAAAGCAGUCAAAUAUAUCAUAAGCUAUGGCUCAUGGCCCAUCACCACUUCCCUGUUUCCCUAAUAAGAACAAUUCAACCCUUGGCCUGAAAGUUAAGAGAAUGACUGAGGCUUCAGAAGAAAACUGCCUCAGUGUGCAUGUUGGUAUUCGAAUCCAUUUUCUCGGUAGUGGUAAAGAUCACAAGAAGAAAUGCGACAUAACAGGAGAAUCCCUUGACGAUACAUUAUUUUUGUCCCAUUACUGGCCUUUAGUUUUAUGGUAUUUCUCUUAGGAGGGUAACUCCUGUCGGCUAUACGCAGGAAGAAAGCUCUGAUUGCACUUGAAUCUUCUUUAUCACAACCAAUGAGCUUACUUUAUAAGCUGAAAGUCAGAUUCUCAAAGUCAUGGACAUAUUGUCGUUGCUGCUGUGGUAUAACUUUGUGAGAGCAAAAAGUAUCAUGGGCUUCACAUCUUUCCUACAUUGUUUGAUUGCUGCUGAUGGGAAGCCCUAUACAGCAGAUUUAUUUAGGAGCAACAUAAUUGUUGGGUGUGUUAUUGCUAGCUGGCUUGUUUAUUCGGUGACUGAGAAACUUGUUGGAACAGUGAAACUGCAGUUGUAAUGCGAUACAGAUUUGAUGCCGU